AUGAGGCUCCUUCUCCGCGGCCUGGCCCUCCUGGCUUCCCUGUUCCUGCUCCAGGCUGCAGCGUCUGCCACAAGGGGCCCCAGCCUGGACUUGGCUUUACUCUCCAGGGAGGUGGGCUGUGAUGGCCCCACACCUGUAGUGAAAUGCGACAUGCACAGCCCUUACCGCACCAUCACCGGGCACUGCAACAACAGGAGAGAGCCCACGCUGGGCGCCGCCAACAGGGCACUGGCACGCUGGCUGCCGGCCGAGUACGAGGACGGCCUCUCCCUCCCCUUUGGCUGGACACCCGGAAACGGACACUGGACACCCGGAAAUGGAAACUGGACACCCGGAAACGGCUUCCCUCUGCCGCAGGCCCGCGAGGUAUCCAACGAGAUCGCAGGCUAUCUGAGCGAGGAAGGUGUACUGGACCAGCACAGGUCUAUGCUGUUCGUGCAGUGGGGUCAGGUCGUGGACCACGACCUGAACUUUGCCCCCGACACCGAGCUGGGCAGCAGCGAGCUCUCCAAAGCUCAGUGCGAGGAGUCGUGCGUCCAGAGAGGCAACUGCUUCCCCAUCACGUUCCCGCCCAACGACCCCAAGGUGCAGACUCAAGGGCAGUGCAUGCCUUUCUUCCAGGCCGGGUUCGUCUGCCCCACUCCGCCCUUCCAGGCCCUGGCCAGAGAGCAGAUCAACGCUCUGACCUCCUUCCUGGACGCCAGCCUCGUGUACGGCCCCGAGCCCGGCCUGGCCAGCCGCCUGCGCAACCUCAGCAGCCCCCUGGGGCUCAUGGCCAUCAACCAGGAGGUCUCAGACCACGGGCUGCCCUACUUGCCCUUUGACAGCAAGAAGCCGAGCCCCUGCGAGGUCAUCAACGCCACUGCCCGCGUGCCCUGCUUCCUGGCGGGAGACUCCCGGGCCUCAGAGCAGACCCUGCUGGCUGCUUCUCACACCCUUCUUCUGCGGGAGCACAACCGGCUGGCAAGGGAACUGAAGACACUCAACCCGCGGUGGGGCGGGGAGAAGCUCUACCAGGAGGCCCGGAAAAUCCUGGGAGCCUUCAUUCAGAUCAUCACCUUUAGGGACUACUUACCCAUCGUGCUAGGUGACAAGAUGCAAACGUGGAUCCCCCCAUAUCGAGGCUACAACCAAUCUGUGGAUCCCCAAAUUUCCAAUGUCUUCACCUUUGCCUUCCGCUUCGGCCACUUGGAGGUGCCCCCUACCGUGUCCUGCCUGGAUGAGAAUUACCAGCCGUGGGGCCUGGAACCAGAACUCCCCCUGCACACCCUCUUCUUCAACACCUGGAGGAUGAUCCAAGACGGUGGACUUGAUCCUCUGGUGCGGGGCCUGCUGGCCAAGAAGGCCAAGUUGCCAAAUCAGGAUAAAAUGAUGACAGGAGAACUGCGCAACAGGCUUUUCCAGCCGACUCACAAGAUCCAUGGUUUUGAUCUGGCCGCCAUCAACAUACAGCGUUGUCGGGACCACGGGCAGCCUGGGUACAACUCCUGGAGGGGCUUUUGUAGCCUCUCGAAACCCCAGACCCUGGAGGAGCUGACUGCAGUGCUGAAGAACCCAGAGCUGGCCAAGAAGUUGCUGCAUCUCUACGGGACCCCAGACAACAUCGACAUCUGGGUGGGGGCCAUCGCGGAGCCCCUGGUAGAAAGGGGGUGGGUGGGACCGCUCCUGGCCUGCCUCUUGGGCAAGCAGUUCCAGCAGAUCCGCGACGGAGACAGGUUCUGGUGGGAAAACCCUGGGGUCUUCACGGAGAAGCAGCAGCAGUCUCUGCGGAGAGUGUCCUUCUCACGCCUGGUCUGUGACAACACCCGCAUCACCAAGGUCCCCCUGGACCCUUUCCAGGCCAACAGCUUCCCCCAAGGCUUUGUGGGCUGCUCAGCCAUCGACAAGCUGGACCUCACACCCUGGGCCUCCCUGGAGGAUUAGGGGCCUGGGCUCCCCCGCUCCUCAGUGUCAUCUCAAGCAGGUUCAACGGCCUGUCCCUGGGAGCCCUCUGCCCUGGCCCUGGCCCUCGUUUUCAGCUGGGCUUCUCUCCGCUCACCAGCCAACAGCUGGCCCAAGCCCCAGGGCAGACACUUGCAGCUCUUCCACUUGGUUCCUACCACAUCUACCCCCACCCUGCGGCCUGUGGAAAUCCUGCGCCCCCGAGACGCCCU